AUGGAGACGGAGCAACCCGAGGACGGGAGUCCUGUGGGAGGAGCAGGCCUGCUUUCGCUUUCGCCACGCUCGGGAUUAGCAGGGCAGUGUCUCAAGGAUCCAAACUUGGACAGGCACACCAGCAAAGCCAAGUCCCGGCAUUUCACGGUCAACGGUCUUCUGAGUGCCAAUAACACGCUCCAGCAGCAGCAGAACCAAUACAACCUGCAGCCAUCGAAUGACAGUCGCAACAUCUACAACAAUCCCUAUAUUCCGCCGCAGCAGCAGCAGCAGCAACAGCAGCAGCAGCAGCAGCUGCAGCAGCAGACGCAGCAGCGCACCGCCCACCUGUUCAAGGCCCUAGCUGCCUCCGCCGGCGGCACCAACAGCCUGACCCAUCCCUACGACUUCUCCAACUCAUCGUCCUCCUCCAACGCCAACAACGAGCACCAGGGAUCGUCCUCGUCGGAAGCGGAAAACGCCUUCCUAACUCAUAAUAACGGAAGUAUAGAAGUGGAGAACUGCCUGGAUGAACGGUUGCAUAAUAUGCAGGGCUGCAAAUUGAAUUAG